GUUUGUUUCAUUCCACAAUGUUUUUAUUUUAAACCUAUUUCCAAAAAAAAAAACAAUAUAAACAAGCAGUGAUUUUUUUAUAGUUCUAACAUUUUUACAAAUGUAAAUAUGUCUCUUAUUAAAAAUUUAAUUAAAGAACCCGAAAUAAAAUCCAAAACAAAAAAUGACUCAGGAAAUAGCGAUGAAGAAAAAAAACCUAAGCCCAUUAUUAAAUCUGCUCUUGAUCUUCAACGCUUAAAAUUGGAGAAGUUAAUGAAAAAUCCGGAUAAACCCGUAAUCAUACCAGAACACAGAAAGGAGAAAGAUUUCAUGCAAAGUGUACCCACAUUUGUGCGGAAUGUUAUGGGCUCUAGUGCUGGAGCUGGUUCCGGUGAAUUUCAUGUGUACCGUCAUCUGCGACGAAAGGAAUACGCUAGACAAAAAAUGAUUCAAUCAAAAAGUCACCAGGAAUUGUUGGAUGAAGAGUAUCAAGAAAAACUGGAAGAAAAUCGUAGAAUAGCUGAAGAAAAAACCGCAAAAAAGAGAGCAAAACGUUUAAAAAAGAAGGGGCGAGCUAAAAGGGCAAAACAGUCUAAUCCCAAAGAAUCGGUUGCAGCGAGCGAUGAUGACAAAAGCAAUGAUUCGCAAUCGGAAACUGAGGAAAACGAAACGAAAGACACAGAUUCCAGUGACAAAAACGAAAUAGUAAAUGAAGUAAACAACAAAAAGGAGGAGGAAGAAAAUUGAAAUAAAUAUAAAAAACAGAUAGAUUUGAUGUUUUUCUCAUAAAGAUCAAAUGGUAAUCAAAA